CUAAUUCUGAUUUUUUUUAUUUUUUUUUCCCAAAUGCAGUAGUGACUGACAAUGGUGUCUACAUCCUUGAUUUGGCUGCAAAGAUUGACGCAACUGCUGACUACAUCUGCAAAGUGAAAUGGGGAGACGUGGAAUUCCCCCCGCCAUUUGGCAGGGAAGCUUACCCAGAGGAAGCCUACAUUGCUGACCUGGAUGCAAAGAGUGGAGCCAGCUUGAAACUUACUAUUCUCAACCCCAGAGGCAGGAUCUGGACCAUGGUGGCUGGUGGUGGUGCCUCUGUGGUUUACAGUGACACCAUUUGUGACCUGGGAGGUGUGAAUGAACUGGCUAACUAUGGGGAAUACUCGGGAGCCCCAAGUGAACAACAGACCUAUGACUAUGCUAAGACUAUUCUUUCCCUCAUGACACGAGAGAAGCACCCUGAAGGUAAAAUCCUGAUCAUUGGAGGCAGCAUUGCUAACUUCACCAAUGUAGCAGCCACUUUUAAAGGCAUCGUGAGGGCAAUUAAGGAUUACCAGGGCCCUCUGAAGGAGCAUGAGGUGAGGAUCUUUGUACGAAGAGGAGGCCCGAACUACCAGGAAGGAUUACGUGUCAUGGGAGAAGUUGGGAAGACCACUGGGAUCCCCAUCCAUGUCUUUGGCACGGAGACUCACAUGACUGCGAUUGUGGGCAUGGCGCUCGGCCAUCGACCCAUCCCCAACCAACCGCCUGCUGCAGCCCACACCGCUAACUUCCUCCUCAACGCCAGCGGCAGCCCCUCGACUCCAGCACCAAGCAGAACGGCUUCCUUCUCAGAGUCCAAACCUGAUGAUAUUGCUCCAGCCAAGAAGGCAAAGCCGACAACACCUCUUGAUUCAAUCCCAGCUUCAAGACCUGGUUCAGGUAAAGCUACCACCCUGUUCAGCCGUCACACCAAAGCUAUCAUUUGGGGGAUGCAGACACGGGCUGUGCAAGGAAUGCUGGACUUUGAUUAUAUUUGCUCCCGGGAUGAACCUUCAGUUGCUGCCAUGGUUUAUCCGUUCACUGGUGACCACAGGCAGAAGUUCUAUUGGGGCCACAAAGAAAUCCUGAUCCCAGUCUACAAGAACAUGUCAGAUGCCAUGAGGAAGCACCCAGAGGUGGAUGUUCUCAUCAACUUUGCAUCUCUGCGCUCUGCUUAUGACAGCACUAUUGAAACCAUGAAUUAUCCACAGAUCCGCACCAUUGCCAUUAUUGCCGAGGGCAUUCCGGAGGCCCUGACACGCAAACUGAUCAAGACAGCUGAUAAAAAAGGAGUCACUAUCAUCGGGCCUGCAACUGUUGGUGGGAUCAAACCAGGUUGCUUUAAAAUAGGCAACACCGGAGGCAUGCUGGAUAAUAUCUUAGCAUCAAAACUCUACCGUCCUGGCAGUGUGGCUUAUGUUUCACGGUCCGGAGGAAUGUCUAAUGAGCUCAACAACAUCAUUUCCCGAACCACCGACGGGGUCUACGAAGGAGUGGCCAUUGGAGGAGACAGAUACCCUGGUUCAACUUUCAUGGAUCAUGUCUUGCGUUAUGAGGAUACUCCAGGAGUGAAAAUGAUUGUAGUGCUUGGAGAGAUUGGAGGCACAGAAGAGUAUAAGAUCUGCAGAGGUAUUAAAGAAGGUCGUAUCACCAAGCCAGUAGUGUGCUGGUGUAUUGGUACUUGUGCCACCAUGUUCUCUUCAGAGGUGCAGUUUGGCCACGCAGGAGCUUGUGCCAACCAGGCUUCUGAAACUGCUGUUGCAAAGAAUCAAGCCUUGAAGGAAGCUGGUGUGUUUGUUCCCCGGAGUUUUGAUGAGCUGGGAGAGGUCAUUCAGUCUGUCUACCAGGACCUUGUGGCCAAAAGAGUGAUUGAACCAGCCGAGGAAGUGCCUCCUCCAACUGUGCCAAUGGAUUACUCCUGGGCAAGGGAGCUGGGUCUGAUCCGCAAACCGGCUUCCUUUAUGACAAGCAUCUGUGAUGAGAGAGGUCAGGAACUGAUUUAUGCUGGGAUGCCAAUCACUGAGGUCUUCAAAGAAGAGAUGGGAAUUGGAGGAGUUCUGGGCCUGCUCUGGUUUCAAAAGAGGUUACCAAAGUAUGCCUGCCACUUCCUUGAGAUGUGUUUGAUGGUAACAGCAGAUCAUGGUCCUGCUGUGUCUGGAGCCCACAACACCAUUGUCUGUGCAAGAGCUGGAAAAGAUCUUGUCUCGAGUCUCACUUCAGGCCUUCUCACUAUCGGUGACCGGUUUGGUGGAGCACUGGAUGCUGCAGCUAAAAUGUUCAGCAAAGCCUUUGACAGUGGGAUUAUCCCUAUGGAGUUUGUGAAUAAGAUGAAGAAAGAAGGGAAGCUGAUCAUGGGCAUCGGACACAGAGUCAAAUCAAUAAAUAACCCAGACAUGAGAGUUCAGAUCCUCAAAGACUACGUGAAGCAGCAUUUCCCUGCCACCCCACUGCUGGACUAUGCACUUGAAGUAGAAAAAAUUACAACUUCCAAGAAACCAAAUCUUAUCCUGAAUGUAGAUGGCUUUAUUGGAGUUGCCUUUGUUGACGUACUCAGGAAUUGUGGCUCUUUCACACGGGAAGAAGCAGAUGAAUAUAUUGAUAUAGGAGCUCUUAAUGGCAUCUUUGUCCUAGGCAGGAGUAUGGGAUUCAUUGGACACUACCUGGAUCAGAAGAGGUUGAAGCAAGGUCUGUACCGUCACCCGUGGGAUGACAUAUCCUAUGUUCUACCGGAGCACAUGACUAUGUGAGAACCUGUAGUAUCACCUCAGAAUGUCACUUCAAGAAGGCAGAAGCCUGCACAGAGGACAGCCACAAAUGGGACUUUGAUGUAUAAAGGCCAUUGGUACACAGACCUUGAGCUGCCUGGUCAAACUGUGCAAAGCAACUGUUUUACAAGAAUAGAAACUUACUCUAAUAAAAACCAAAACUUGUGAUAUUCCAUAUGUUACCUGCUGUAUUUAAUACUGUCUCUCACCCUUUUAUUUUUUCUACUCUUGUUUCAUUUUGUUUCCGGAAAAGAUUUUAAGGGUUUUGGGAGGGGAGUUUUGCUCAUAGGUGCAG